AUGGGAAAUUAUAUAAAUGAAAUAUUGUUUUUGUUAAUAUUUUUCAUAUUUCAUUUGACUAGUACAAAGAAUUACAAACAAACAUACAGAUAUAUUAUUUUUUUCUUGCUUUAUUUUAUAAAUAUAUUAUAUGCCCUGAAAAUUUGUGGAAAUGGUAAGAAUCAGAUGCGAUGUUGUUUUAUAAAAAAUUUUUAUAAUAAUAAUAAUAAUAGUAAAGGCUUAUUUAAAUUAUUGGAUAAUGAUGUAAAAAGGAAUUAUAAUAUAAUUUAUUUAAAAAAGAAAGGUAACGAAUUUCCAAAUAGUAAACAGACAUUUGUUAAAAAUACUGUUUUUAUUGAAAGGGGACAAAAUGAUGAAAAUAAAAUAAAUUAUAUUCAUGGUAAUUUUGAUGAAAAUGUAAAAGAUAUUAAAUAUUUAAGUGAUAUGCAAAAGAAUUUUAUCUAUUUGUUAGAAAGAAAUAAUAAUUUAUUAGUUCAUGCUAAAACAUCUAGUGGUAAAACAACUAUAUGUUUAUAUUAUUUGAUAUUGAAAUUUUUUUAUAAUUGUGAAUUUAUAUUUAAAGAAGAUCUAGAGAGAGAAGAAUAUAUUAUGAAAAAUGAUUAUAUAGAUAGAAAUAUUUAUGAAUCAAAAAAUAAAAGUAGAAAAUAUUUCAAUCAGAAUAAAUAUCGAUUUAUACCAUAUAGUGAAAAAUAUUCUGAAAUAUCAGAUAUAAAAGAAUAUACCAAUUUAAUGAUAGAAAAUAAAUGUAAAACAAAAUUGAAGAAGGAUGAAAAAGUACUUAUAUUGUGUCCAUCAAAAGAAUUAUGUGUACAAGUAGCACAAAAUAUUUUAUCCUUUAUGAAUAAUGAAAAUGAAUCAUUAAUUAAAUUAUUCAUUGAUAAAGAUUAUAAAAAUGUAAAUAAAGAAAAACAAAAUAAUAAGGAAGAAGAAUGUAUAAAUAAAAUUGAAGAUUUACAAAUAAAUCAAUAUGAUAGGGAUCGUAUGCAUAAUAACAAAAAAGAUAGUCUUAAUAAUAUGGAUAUAGAGGAAAAUGAGGUAUAUAUGUUGGAACAUCAUAAUUUGAAUGCAGAUGAUAAUUCAAAUACAGUAAAAAAAGUAAAUAAAAUAAAUGAAAAAAAUAACAAUAAUAAUAAUAAUAAUAAUAGAAAAUUAAAUCACAUGAUUAAUGUAAAGGGUGCACGCUAUCUUAUAGGUACACCCACUUGUUUCCGAAGUUAUUUGUUAAAUCUAGACAAAGAAAGCUUAAAGAAUUUCUUACAAAGUAUAAAAUAUAUUUUUUAUGAUGAAAUUGAUAAAUUAUUACCUUCUGUAAGUAAACGUAGUUUAUUAAAAAAAAAAAAGAACAUAAAAAGAAAAACAGCUUAUCUUAUUCUAGAGACAUUAAUGUAUAUAAAUAAGAAAAACUUAAUUUUUAUUGGUUGUUCGAGUACCUUAAAUAGGGAACUACACAGAAAAAUAUUUAAACUAUUAUGUUUAAAUAAAAAUAAUGCAAAGAAAAAAAUUUAUAUAUUAAGAGAGAAAAAGAAUUUAAUGGAUAAGAAGGAGAACGAUGGUAUGAUAAAAAUGGAUAAUCUAACGAACCUUAUUGAUAUACCAAAUAACAAUAAUGAAAAAAAAACUAUAAAUGAAAAAAAUUUAUGCAGUUCAAAUGAACUUAUUGAUGAUAAUAUUAAUAAAAAUAUUAUAAAUGAUGAACAAGAAGAAAUAGAAAAUAAUCAAAAAUUUAAUUUGAAUUACUAUCUGAAUGAAGAAAAUGCAUUUCAAAAAUAUGUCAUAAAAGUUAAGUUACCAAACACGAUUUAUCAUUUUUAUCAUUUAAUGACUGAUGAAACAUAUGAAAAUAAAAUAAAAGAAAUUCAUAAAAUAAUAGAAACAUUUAAUAAUCAAAAGAUUUUAAUAUUAAUAAAAAAUGGAUAUUCCUUAAUACAGUUAAAAAAAUAUUUAGAAAUGAAUAAUAUAUACGCUGUAUUAUUACAUGAAAAGUUACAGAUAUCCUUAAGAUACAAUAAUGAUAAUAUUAAUAAUAUGUGUGAGCAUUAUGAAGAUAUAAAAGAUUUAAAAACUAUUCCUAAUGAUGAUAAACAUGCAUAUAUAAAUAAAUAUCCUAUAAUAAUAAGUUCCUUUGAUUCUAUACGUGGAUUUCAUAUAAACAAUCUAGAUAUGGUUCUUUUAUGUAACAAGCCGAAAAAUGUGAAUGAGUAUAUACAUUUAUGUGGUCGUGUAGGACGAAGGAACAAAAUUGGUUAUUCGAUAACACUAGAAAAUGAUAAAAAUAUUAAUAUUAUGAAUAAUUGGUUUAAUAACAUAAAAGUAUAUUUUAAUAAAUUAUCUUUAAAAAGUGAUCCUGUUAUAAAUGAAAAAAUAAAUAUGGAAAUGGAAAACCAAGAGAAGAAUCAUUUUAAUUAUGUUGCAUCAUGCAUAUUGGACGAACUUCAAGCGAAUACAUAA